UCCUCUUCCCCAACUUCAUUGCUCUGUGUGUUACCUCCCAUUCCUUGCUUGCGUGACGCACCAAAGACCCAUUCAAACCCAGAACUUAUAUUUCCUUCUCUCUCUCAUGUUUCAAAUUAUCACUCUCUGUUCAUCUUCUCACAUGCCAAUCCCUUCACCAUGUCCUUCCUCUCCCUCAUUUUCUUCUUCAGCCUCCUCUCCCUCUCUCUUUCCCAACCCCCACCUCUCAAAGGUCUUUUGAUUGACUGUGGCGCAACUACGGGGUCUAUAAUCGACGGCCGCGCAUGGGUUCCCGACGCUGCCUUCAUUUGCACUGGGACUCCCAAGAACCUGACCACCCCUGUUCUCAAUCCCAUCCUUUCCACCCUUCGAUCAUUCCCUUCCACGAACAACCUGCGCAAGAAGUUCUGCUACGUCGUCCCUGUGUAUCGCAACGCCAAGUACCUGAUUCGGACCACCUACUUCUACGGAGGGAUCAACGACCGAGAUUCGCCGCCCGUUUUCGACCAGAUAGUCGACGGGACUUUCUGGAGCGUGGUCAACACCACGGAGGAUUACGCUAACGGAAUGUCGUCGUAUUUUGAAGGGGUUUUCGUUGCUCACGGUAAGACGAUGAGUCUAUGUAUCGCGGCGAAUACGUAUACGGAUUCGGACCCCUUUAUAACGGCGUUGGAGUUUCUGAUAGUCGGGGAUUCGCUCUACAAUUCUACGGAUUUUGGCAAAUAUGGUCUGAGAUUGGUUGGCAGGCACGCUUUUGGGCUCUCGGGACCGAUCAUUCGAUAUCCUGAUGAUCAUUUCAAUCGGUUUUGGGAGCCAUUCGAGGGAACAUAUUCUGCACCAACAGAAAACCGAAAUGUAUCUGUUUCUGCUUUCUGGAAUCUUCCCCCUUUAAAGAUAUUUGAGAGAGCUCUGACCACGACCAAAGUACAACCCAUAGAGUUGAGUUGGCCUCCAAUGUCUCUUCCGAACUCAACAUACUACAUUGCUCUAUACUUUGCAGAUGACCGGAAUUGGAGCUCAAGGGUGUUUGAUGUAAAGAUAAAUAACGUCCCAUAUUACCUCAAUCUGAACGUCACUCCAGCUGGUGCUUGUGUCUUCGCAGCCCGGUGGCCUCUAGCUGGUGCUGUAAAAAUAACUUUGACCCCUGCUAUUGGCUCAAAUACUGGUCCUUUGAUAAAUGCCGGAGAGGUUUUUGAGGUGCUGGUUCUUGAAGGACGAACUACGACCCGAGAUGUUAUCGCUUUGGAAAAAGUAAAAGACAGUCUCAAGAAUCCUCCACUUGAUUGGAAUGGUGAUCCUUGUUUGCCCCGCCAGUUCCCAUGGACCGGCAUUUUGUGCUCUGAAGGCCCCCAGAUUCGCGUGAUUGCCUUAAAUCUGACAAACAUGGGUCUCUCAGGAUCGCUGUCACCUACAAUUUCCAAGAUGACAGCAUUGACUGACAUCUGGCUGGGCUAUAACAGUUUGACUGGAUCUAUUCCUGAUCUCAGUUCAAUGAAGAUGCUAAAGAUAUUGCGUUUGGAAAACAAUCAGCUCAGUGGAGAAAUUCCCCCAUCACUGGGGGCCAUCGACGGCUUGUGUGAACUUUUCUUACAGAACAAUAAUCUGACUGGUCUAGUUCCAAAAAACCUUGAAGAAAAACCUGGACUAAACCUUAAGACUUCUCCUGGAAAUAAUUUUGUAUCUCCCCCACCUCCUUGAGCAAUUACAUCUAUGGAUCUAAUGGUAAAGGUGACUUGGCCAAUUUCUCCAUAAACUUGAUUCUAACCAAUUCGCAUGUAUUCCAUGAAAGUACCGUUACCUCAUUUUGUUCUAAGAAUCUUGCUGGGAGCUGUUUGUGCAAGAUUUCCAACCGAGUAAUUGAAGUUCUCCUUGAUUAGACUCUGUACUUGGGUCACAGAAGGUUUCUUGAAGCAAUUUGGAACAUCCAAAACUCUAUACCCGAAAUGGUUGUUCAUAUUCACUUAGUCCAAUUCGUUUUUUAGUCAAUGUAUUGGAUCAUGUUUUCAAAAUUUAUGUGAGUAUGCAUACAUUCAAUUUUAUUCUUCGUGUAUACUUGUGUUUUGCCCAUCUGUAUACUACAAAUUCUUUUUUCUUUUACGAGGAUGAAUAUUAUCUGUUCAUAAUUUGUACUUGUAAAAAACACUCAAUUCAUAUUUUUGUAAUAUGACAUGGUUUGAUCUCUUCA